AUGUUGCCAGAGGAUGAACGGGUGACUUGUUCCAUUAUGAAAAAUUUCAUUCUUCUAGAACAAAAGAAUGUAAUCAUGCAUCUACACAAAGUUCAGGAACAAAUCGGCUCGAAUGAUUGCGGGGCCCUAGCAAUAGCUUUUGCAUCAUCAUUAGCUUGUGGGCUAAAUCCCACAUGUUGUUCAUACAAACAAGAAAACUUACGUGCCGAAUUGGCAAAAGUAUUCACCUCCAAACUUUUUCAUCCGUUUAGAAGAAAAGUUACCCACCAGAAGGAAGUAAGAGAAGAAGGCAGACAGUUCCAGAUAAGAGGGCCGGAAAAGGCAAAAGCAGACUUGGCAAAAGAAUGUCUAACAGAUAAGACAAAGAGAUUAUUAGAAGAAGAGGACUGGAGAUCAGCUCACAUUGGUUUUAUUCUGUUAAAAAUCAGUGUGUCAAUAUAA